AUGUCACGGUCGACCAAGACGUACUGGAGCGGCAGCACCUACGAAGGGGAGAUGAAGGGAGGCAAGAGAGAGGGGAAGGGCAGGAAGACAUGGAAGAAUGGUGACGUGUACGAGGGGGAGUGGAAGAACGACAAGAAGGAUGGGCAGGGCAAGUUGGUCCUGGGCACCGGCAACAGGUACGAGGGAGCAUGGCGAAACGGGCUGCAGCACGGCCAUGGGAUGCUGUGGUACACGGACGGCAGCUCGUACAAGGGCGAGUGGGUGCGGGGAAAGGCAGAGGGGCAGGGUAUGUUCGUCAAGGCCAACGGAAACGUGUACGAGGGGAGCUACAUGGAGGACAAGUGCCAUGGGUACGGCAAGUACACGUGCACCAACGGGAGGUUCUACGAGGGAGAGUGGAAGCACGGGAUGAAGUCGGGGAAGGGGGUGUACUCGUGGGAGGACGGGAGGCUGUUCCAGGGGACGUUCGUGCUCGAC